UUCUAGGUUAUUUUUUUCGUUAUUUAUCAUUUAUCACAUAUUGUUAUUUUUUUAUUCAUAAAAUGAUAAUAAAACCAGGUAUUCCUUUGUGCUGAUAUCUGAUAAAGUAUGUUUGAAGAUAAUGAUUAUGAUCCCAAUGAAAUAUACAAAUUACAUUGCUACGGGGACGAUAUAGAAGAGGACUCUUUAACAAAUUCAGAUGAAAAUGAUGCAUUAUUACAAUUUAAACCUGCACUUUAUACCUACGAAGAAUUAUCAGAUGCUAUUGUUAUCGAACCAGAGGGUGAUUUAGAAAGCGAUACAGCAGAAUUAGCAAUAAAAAAUGUUGGAAAUUCAUUGAAAAACGUAGAUGAAUCUAAAUAUAUUCAAGAUAGGCAAGAAGAAAUUAUAUCUAAAUCUAAGCAAGAAGCGAUAGUAAAGGAAAAAAUAGAGAGUUUGACACUACCGGAUUAUUGUUACUUAUGCGAAGCAAAGUUAAUAUCACCACACAAUGCUACAGCUCAUUAUAAGUCGAAGAGGCAUAAACUUAAUAUUGCGAUGUACAGAGAUGAGAUUUUAAGUAACUUAAAAAGUGAACAACAAGAUCUAGAAGCGAUAGUAAAGAAAAAAAUAGAGAAUUUGACUCUACCGGAUUAUUGUUAUAUAUGCGAUGCUAAUUUAAUAUCACCACACAAUGCUACAUCUCAUUAUAACUCGAAGAGGCAUAAAUUUAAUAUUGGGGCGCACAGAGAUGAGAUUUUAAAUAACUUAAAAAGUCAACAACAGGAAGCACUCAAACGUAAAAAUUACUUUUGCUUUGUAUGCGACAUCGAAUUCAAUUCCAAAGACUUAUAUGAUAGUCAUGUUCAAAGCAGUGGCCACAAAUUAUAUUCUUCUGCAGUAAAAAAUAAUAUUAGCCAUGAAACUAUAGUUAAUAUUAAUAGCGAUGAUUGUAAUAUAAGUAAAGGUGAAAAUGAAACUGCUGCUUGUUACAAUACCAAUGAAAAAGAGCCUGUUAUAGAUGACUUAAAGGAAGUGGAGAUUAAACCUAUUAUAAAUGAUGGAGAAAUGUUGGAAAAAAUUAACACCAAUCAAAAAGAGCCUAUUAUAGAUGAUUUAGAGAAAAAUUUGAUAGAAAUUGUUGUAAACAACGAAGAAAUGUUGGACCAGAUUAAUGAGCAGAUAAAGGACACAUUCCAUGAACUCUCAGGACUUCUACAGAAAUUUAUAGAUUGUGGGAAAACCGAGCGUUACGAAGAACAAGCCGAAGUUUAUUUACUUCUGAAACAAUUAAUCGACAAAAUAUAUUGCGCAAAUUCUCCACUUUUAAUAGAAACUUUAAAAGUGUUCGAAUCUGUUGACAUAAACUUGCACAACCCCGUUCAAAUUCGUGAAGAAAAAAAUACGCAGUUAAAAAAUGUGAAAAUUUGUAAGGUUACACCUUUUAAACACCAGUCAACCAGAAGGUUUGGGUAUUUCAAAGUAACUGUCAUGGCAACUGUCACCAUAGGUUUUAUAUGGUGGUUAAUAAAGAAAAGGCAACCUCCUCCUCUGACUUCUACCCAUCAUUAUUUAAAUCUAGAUGAUUUAGUCGACAGAUUAGAACAUUUUAUUUUUAGUUGAUAUCGUAGAUAUUGGGCGCGUUCAUAGGGCACAACAGCUGAAUUCCAGGGAAUAUUUGACAUUGACAAUCCCUGAACAUGCCCAUUAGUUAGCAUUUAGUUAUUAGCAUAGAUAAAUGAAACAAGUUUAGAUUGGAAAGUGCCCGUAAGACCAUUGUAAACACUAUUUGGCGCUAUUCUUGCAACGGUCGUGAUCCAAAGCUUUUGAAAAUUUCAGAGCGGUUCGACUUUUUCCGAAAUUAUAUCGCAAUAUUGUUUAUUCAAAUUUAUUAUUAUUUUCUUUUAAUUUUAUAAAUAAAAUACAGUG